UUUCCAUCGUAGCAAAAGACAUUUUCUCAAAUAUAGAUUGUGUUUAUGGCUUCCACACCGGGAAUCCUCACGGACUGGCCAUGGAAGCCUUUCGGAAACUUUAAGUACGUGGUAGUUGCUCCUUUUGUUAUUCAUAGCUGGUACGCAAUGUUGGUGAAGGAUGAGAGUGAAAGGGACAUAACCAACUUUCUCAUACUACCAUUUUUGUUGUGGCGUAUGCUUCACAAUCAAAUAUGGAUCUCUGUCUCUCGCUACCGAACAGCCAAAGGCAAUGCUAGAAUUGUUGACAAAGGAAUUGAGUUUGAUCAAGUUGACAGAGAAAGAAAUUGGGAUGACCAAAUAUUAUUCAAUGGGUUAUUACACUACAUGGCAAACUAUAUAUUUCCAGGGGCAUCACGUUUUCCAUUAUGGAGAACAGAUGGAGUGAUUAUGACAAUACUACUUCAUAUGGGACCAGUGGAAUUUCUGUAUUACUGGUUACAUAGGGCACUUCAUCACCACUUCCUAUACUCUCGAUAUCAUUCUCAUCACCAUUCUUCAAUUGUCACAGAACCCAUUACUUCUGUUACCCAUCCAUUUGCUGAGCACAUAUUAUAUUUUCUUCUUUUUGCAAUUGCUUUGUUAAUCCCUGUCUUUACAAAAACGACCUCUAUGUUGGCCGUGUUUGGAUAUGUGACAUACAUUGAUUUUAUGAACAAUAUGGGUCAUUGCAAUUUUGAGAUUGUUCCAACGUGGCUCUUUCGCAUAUUUCCUCCUCUCAAGUACCUCAUCUACACCCCAUCGUUUCACUCUUUACAUCAUACCCAAUUCAGGACAAAUUACUCUUUGUUUAUGCCAUUUUAUGACUACAUUUAUGGCACCACAGACAAGACCUCAGAUCAAUUACAUUAUUCAACAAGAAAACGACAAGAAGAAAUGCCAGAUGUUGUGCAUCUAACACACUUAACUACUCCUAAAUCCAUAUAUCAUCUCAGAUUUGGAUUUGCUUACCUAGCCUCGAAGCCAUACACACCAAAAUGGUACCUUUGUUUGAUGUGGCCAGUGACAGCUUGGUCUAUGAUUCUUACAUGGGCUUAUGGCCGUACAUUCAUUGUGGAGCGAAAUAAUUUUGACAAACUCAAGUUACAAACUUGGGCAAUACCCAAAUAUAAAUUCCAAUACAUUUCGCAAUCGCAAAAAAUGACCAUCAACAAAAUGAUAGAGGAAGCAAUACUAGAUGCAGAUAGAAAAGGCAUAAAAGUGUUGAGCCUAGGCCUUAUGAAUCAAGGAGAGGAGCUUAACAUCUAUGGAGGGCUAUAUGUUAAUAGGCAUCCUAAGCUAAAAGUUAAGGUUGUUGAUGGAAGCAGCCUUGCCGUUGGUAUUGUUCUUAACAACAUUCCUAAAGGAACAACUCAAGUAUUACUUAGGGGAAAACUCACUAAGGUUACUUAUGCUCUUGCCUACACAUUGUGUCAACAAGGCAUUAAGGUUGCUACAAUGCACAAGGAUGAUUAUGGGAGACUUCAAAGUUCAUCCAAUAAUUUUGAAACUAAUUUGAUCAUUGCAAAAAGCUACACCCAAAUGACUUGGUUAGUUGGAGAUGAACUAACCGAAGAGGAACAAUUGAAGGCACCCAAAGGAACAUUAUUUAUUCCAUACUCACAAUUUCAACCAAAGAAAUAUCGGAAAGAUUGUUCCUAUCAUUGGACUCCAGCAAUGUUAAUUCCCAAAUCUAUUGAAAAUGUUCAUUCUUGUGAGAAUUGGUUGCCAAGGAGGGUAAUGAGUGCAUCACGCAUAGCUGGAAUAUUGCAUUCUUUAGAAAGUUGGAAUGAACAUGAAUGCAACUACACAAUGCAUAGCAUAGAAAAAGUUUGGGAUUCAGCUCUUCAACAUGGAUUCCGACCUCUUACUAUGUCAAUCCAAUAGUUAAUUCAUUGUUAAUAAACAAUGGACAAAUUAAAUAAUUAAUUUCUUUUCCUGCCUUAUUGUAGCUCUUCGAAAGGUAUUAACAUUUCCUUACGAAGAUUAUCAUAUAUGUUAAAAUAAGUUUUAGUAUUUUAUUCAGACUUACUAUAUAUAUUUCCAUUAAAAAAUAAUGAGACAUGUAUAAGCAAUCAUGGUUCCUAAGAAUAAUUAAUCUUGGAAAUCAUUAUUUUCAAGAA